AUGUCUGUACGCGAUACUUUGCUUGACCUCGACCUGAGCCCCAUAGAUUGCCUCUAUAGGCUACAGCGAGACCAAAACAACGCGAGGAGAGUUCUCUACGUCAAUGUGACCGAUAUCAGCAUCCUUCCCGAAGACACCAGAACCUCGAAUGACGAACUCGUUCGUGAACUGUCAAAGAUCCAAGGGUGGGAUGGCGAUUGGAACACGGUGACAGUCUCGAAGCUCGAUUCCCAGGUCCAAUGCUUCUGGAACAACUUCGAGGCUCACGCGCUUCCCAAAGAGAACAUAUUAGGACAGUAUCCGUUCUUUGACGUGCUCGACCUCCGGAUAAUAACGCGCAAGAAGCUGCGAGUCAAAUACGUCAACAAUGGCUCUGAUGGAUUUGGAUUCGAACUGCCAUGGAUUGCAACGGAGAUCAACGUCUACCAUGAUUUAGCAAGAGAGGAAUCCACGCUUGCCCCGAGACUGUUGGGUUAUGUCUAUGAAGGACCAGAGAGAAGAGUGAUUGGAUAUCUGCUGGAGGAAAUAUCUGGAAGGCCGGCUGCUUUGGUCGACUUGGAAGAUUGCAAAAAGGCGCUGCGAAGGCUACAUGACCUGGGCCUCGUGCAUGGUGAUCCGAUCAGACACAACAUAGUGAUCACAGACUCGGGCCCCAAGUUCAUUGAUUUCGAGGAUGCCUGUAGAAAACCCUCUGAUGACUCCAAAGGCUGGAAUGCCAUGCGAGAGGGAGAUCUCCGAAAAUUGGAGAAGGGCCUCAUGGAUACUUCUAACAAUGGUCAGCCUCGGGACUGA